CAUUCUCUGCAACCAACUAAAUGUGAAGGUUACUGCAACUUGGGCAACACAUAGUCUAAAGCUUGGUGGAAUUGAUGGACACCUGACAUCCUCUGAUUUCUACUCCGCAAGAGACUGAAGCAUAGAUCUAAUCAAGAUGAGCACAGAAUGGCGCGAGCCGGUCAUUGAUACCUGCUGCAGCACUGUCCACACACUGGACAGGCAAAACGGAAAGAAGGGAAGGAGGCCCCGCUACAUGGAAAAAGAUGGUAGAUUCGCUGUAGUGUUUCAUCAAGCCCCUGGAGACUGGAGCACAUAUUGGAUGGACAUCUUCACCACUCUUGUAGAGAUCCGCUGGAGGAUGAUGUUCCUUGUUUUCUCCCUUUCUUACAUACUCUCUUGGCUCUUUUUUGGUCUGUGUUAUUGGCUCAUUUCCCAUGUAAAUGGAGACAGUGACAAUGCCGACGAUGAUCUCUGUGUUGCAAAUAUGCGCGGCUUCACUGCGGUCUUUUUGUUCUCAAUGGAGACCCAGGGAACUAUUGGUUAUGGCUACAGGAGCAUGACAGAAAACUGUAUUGUGGCAAUUAUUGUGAUGACAAUUCAAAACGUGUUUAGCUGUCUUCUUGACACAAUUGUCAUUGGCAUAGUUAUAGCUAAGAUGGCAUGUGCUCGUAAGAGAUCCCAGACGGUGGGUUUCAGCAGAUGUGCAGUGGUCAACUUGCGAGACAGGGUUCUGUGCCUGUCGUGGCGCCUCGGGGACUUCAGAGAUAAUCACAUUCUGGAGGGGGUCGUCAGGGCCCAGUUAGUCCGCUAUGUCAAACAGCCAAUGGGCUCAAUUGUGAUGUCUUACCAGGACUUGGACAUACAGGAACGGGACAUUGUACUCGCCACACCAACCACUAUUAUUCACAAGCUAGAGCCUGGCAGUCCCCUGUACAGUAUGGGCCCUGAUGACCUGCUGGAGAAUUAUUUUGAAGUAGUAGUUUCUUUCACCUACACUGGGGACUCCACAGGAAUGCUCCACCAGACACGCACCUCCUACACACCAGCAGACAUCCGCUGGGGCCAGCGUUUCCAGGACAUGCUGAAAAUGGGCGCAAAACACUACAAGGUGGACUACGGUCUGUUUAAUGAGACCACAUGGGUGCCAGUGCCUUUACUCAGUGCACAGGAAUACGACAGGAGGGGCCAUCCUGCAGAGGGCAGCACACUUUUACCAUCAGCCAAAAGAAAUGGACACACUUGUCAGGUGAAUCUUGACGUCAGUGAGGAGGUGAUCCUGCAAACUGUUUUGUAG